CACCGCCCGCGGGCUCGCAGCCCACCUUCCCACCGGGACCAAUUUGGCAGGCAUCACGAAAUCUCCGGUCUUCGAAUUUCCCUUUCCCUCGCAAGCCCAACGUCCCACGAGAAACCAGACGCCCAGCUCAUCAACAUGCCUCCCAAGAAGGUCGCCCGUGCUCCCCAGGAGAACAUCUCCCUGGGCCCCUCUGCCCGCGAUGGCGAGCUCGUCUUUGGCGUUGCCCGUAUCUUCGCCUCGUUCAACGACACCUUCGUUCACGUCACCGAUCUCACUGGACGCGAGACCAUCACCCGUGUCACUGGUGGCAUGAAGGUCAAGGCCGACCGUGACGAGUCCUCCCCCUACGCUGCCAUGUUGGCUGCCCAGGACGUCGCCGCCCGCUGCAAGGAGCUCGGCAUCAACGCUCUGCACAUCAAGAUCCGCGCCACCGGAGGUAACAGCACCAAGACCCCCGGCCCCGGUGCCCAGUCCGCUCUCCGUGCCCUCGCCCGUGCCGGCAUGAAGAUUGGCCGCAUUGAGGACGUCACCCCUACCCCCUCCGACUCUACCCGCAGAAAGGGUGGUCGCCGUGGUCGUCGUUUGUAAGCGAUCGGCUGCCGGUUGGAAAAGAAAAUGGUUGGAGGAACGGCAGCAGCACUCUUGUGUGCUGGUCAGGGUGGACUUAUCGCUAUCUGGUUUCUCUUGUGGCGUUGAGAAAAAACGCGGAGAACGGCUUUAUCGCCUGGUCUCCAUUCUACCUCGCCGCGUCAUCACGAUGCUGGUGGGCUGUAGACAGUUAUGAAUUCGCCCGUUGAAGGCCCAUGAAACGAC